UACCCGCCAACUCACCGCUGUCUUCUUCCUCCUGAGGAAAUUUCCUUCAAUUUCUUCCUCUCAAAGACUCUCUCUUUCAAUUCUUGUUUUGGGUUUUCUCUUUUGGGGGUUUAAAUAUGUCUUCUUUUUCAUAAGUGGGGAGGGUUUUUUAUGUUAAGAAUCAGCACUGAUGGGUUCUUCUUCAAAGGGAAUAAGUAAUGGUUAUGAUUACUCUUUCAAGAUACUUUUGAUUGGUGAUUCUGGUGUUGGGAAGAGCAGUAUUCUCCUCAGCUUCAUCUCCAACUCCGUCCAUGAUGUCUCACCCACCAUUGGCGUGGAUUUCAAGAUCAAGCUAUUCAGUUUUGGAGGGAAAAGAGUGAAGCUUACAAUUUGGGACACAGCUGGACAGGAAAGAUUUGGACCAAUAACGAGCUCUUACUAUAGGGGUGCACAUGGAAUCAUUCUUGUUUAUGACGUGACAAGGCGAGAAACUUUUACAAAUUUGUCAGAAGUAUGGGCAAAGGAAGUAGAGCUCAACUCCACAAAUCAUGAUUGUAUCAAAAUUCUCGUGGGAAAUAAAGUCGAUAGGGACAGUAAGAGAGCUGUAACUAGAGAAGAGGGGAUAUCUCUUGCACAGCAGUAUAAGUGUUCAUCAUUCCUUGAAUGCAGUGCUAAGACAAGAACAAAUGUACAGCAGUGCUUCAAAGAUGUCACACUUAAGAUACUCGAGGUACCUAGUUUGCUUGAAAAAGGGUCUGCAGUCGUAGGAGCAAAGAGACAAACUUUGAAACAGAAACAAGUACAUCAAGCCCCUAGAAAUGGCGGUUGCUGCUCAUAAUCAAAAUCUAGUAAUGUAGACGCAGAGGGAGACACACAAUACUCAAAAAACAAAGCAGAAGUCCGGGGCUCGGAGCAAGCUGGAGCCAUGUGGAGCAGGUGAUCUUGACAACUCUUCAAAACAGAAUAGCAUAAGUUUGUACCAUAUUAUGCAGCUCUAUUUGGAGCCAUGGCUGUUUUCUCCAUAGUUUGGGCUGUCUGUGACAUCUUAUUUUCCUUGUAAAUAUUUUUAAUUUUGUUUCAUUUUUUUGGAUGUACA